GACAGAGCUGUGUGAUGCAAAUCCUUUUUCCUCCGCCCUGAGUAGCAGUAAUAACCAAUAAGAUGGGCAAGACAUUCUCCCUUCGCAGGCAGGAAAUCAUUUACAAUGCCCCUGAAAUAAGGAACAUCUUGGAGCGCUGGCCUGCAUUAUCAGAUGCAACACAGAUAAAUGAAGAAUUCAAGAGGAUAACCACUGUAAGUCUUGAAUCCACAUUUAUGGCCAAACUUGACAAAUGCACCCCAAAACUAAUGGACCUGGCCUCAUCAAGGGGAGGAGCUAAAGGGGAAAGAAUCAGAAGGAUCAAGGAUAUGCUACUUGAGAACAAUGCAGUUGAAGUAUGGAGAGAAGUAGCCAUCCGCUGUCUUGUUGUCUAUCUUGGAGAGAAAGAAGAAGACCUUUUCAAGGAGUUUGCUAAUACACAAGAAUUUGAGGCAGACCUUGAAAAGCAAGUGAUGACAAUUGCCAUCAUUGGUGAUCAGUCAACUCUGGAAUUGAACCACAAGACGGAAACCAUCGUUGUUGAGGGAAUCAGAAUCCUGAAUGGAAUGGAUAUCUCAAGGUGUUGUGCUCUGCUGAUGGGCAUAAUAUAUGCUCUGAAUCUGAGCUACCCCAAGGAGCUUAAAUAUACUUGUGAAGUGUUUCAGAAGCUGUUUCUCGAACUUGAUGGACUGAAACCCAGUGCAAAAGUAAUGCGUCUCAAGAACAGCAUUUUCUGAAGCCUCUACUUAUUUCAAGGUAGAUUUUGCUCUUUAUGUUGCACUUUAUAUUGUUUUGUAUUUUGAA